AGGCAGCAGCUCUCUGAGAGAGUUCUGGACACUUUUUUUUGUCCACAUUGUUCCACAAGUUACGACAAACUUUGGUGAGAAGCUGUGGAGUGGGGGAGACAGGGGCUGGAAGUUGCUCGGAGCAUGUGCGCCGAGGUUUGACGCGAGAGCAAUGGCUGAGAUCGCGAUCGAUCAGUCCCGACUGCCGCGGGUUCAGGAGGUGUGCCGGGGAUUCGCGUUGCUGGAGGAUGGAGCCCUGGCCCACAGUCUCCAGGAGCAGGAGAUUGAACAACAUUACGCCUCCAACGUCCAGAAGAGCCAGCUGGUGCGGCAGGACGUGCGAGUGGCCAAGAUCCUACAGGACCAGGAGGAGCGCCAGGCACGGAGUCACAGCCGCGAGGAGCAGAGCAGGGAGGAGCAGGACUCUCAGUAUGCCCGGGCCGUGCAGGAGGAGAUUCACAGCCGAGCAACUGAGCGGCAUCGGCGGGAGGAGGAGGACAAGGAAAUAGCCCGCAGACUCCAGGAAGAGGAGGAGCUGCGGAGGCGGGAGGAGGAGGGGCAGGAGGAUGCCCUGCCCCCGCCCGCCGAGGAGGUUCACAGUGAGCUCGGGGGCGGGGCAGGGAUCGGGGCGUGGUCUCUGGAGAGGGGCACAGCCAGACUCGGGAUCCGGGACCCUCAGCACGGGGAGCAGCUGCCGGAGACGGAGGGGCUGCGGGGGGACGAGGAGCUGGCCAGGCACUUACAGCAGGAGGAGGAGACACGGCUCGAACAAAUGCAAUCACAGAGUCAGAAGAGCCGGGAAGAAGAUUUCCGAGUGGCACAAGUGGCCCAGGACGAGGAGAUUGCUCGCUUUAUCCAGCGUCAGGAGCUGAAAGCUCAGAAACAGGCGGAGGAGGCCGGCACCGACUACGAGAGGACCUGCCAUCGCGACGGAGUCCGGGAGAAACGGAGCAGCAGGGCAGGGGGCCGGGGGGAGAGGCUGAGAUCCGUAGGGAUGGCGAGUGGUGAGUGGACACGCCCAAGAGAGGACACGUCCAUGGAGCACGUGCGGAAAGCCAGGCAGCUUUUCCCCAGGAACAUCGCCGAGGCCCUGGAUCCCACCUUCAAAACCCAAAACACAGACGUCUCCCAGCCUGAGCCACACUCUCCUCUCACACCAGAGAUGUGCGGGUCCUGCCCGGUGCCCCCCGGUGGUCUCUAUGACUACAUGGACGACAAUUCCGAGCCUGAGUUCAUCCCCCCCACCCGCCGUCCCCAGGAGAAGCUCCCGCGGCAAAAAUCCAAGGACAAGAAGGAGAGCUGCAAACAGCAGUGAGCGUGCGGAGGGGGUGUGUGUGUGUGGGUGGG